AUGUAUGUGACAUUCUAUGUAUAUGACGUUCUCGCAGGCGUUUUCUAUGCCAGGAUCAGUGCAAAGUUGGUGGACCUUCACCGGUAUUGUCUCCGGAUCAAGUUACAAAUUCUAUGUCUCACUGAGUCUCACUUCUGGCAGCUUCCUCCGCCAGAGCUUAUCAAGUUCUCAGCAGUUACAGCAACCUGGUUGAAGAACCAGACCUCAUCUUGGCAGCCUGUUAUUCUGACUGAACGGUGUGGCCAAACGCUGACUGUGAAAAGAAGGAGUUUGCCAGCAGUUGCAGCGCCUGGCAAUGCACAGGUCCCCCUUUUCUUUGCAGAAGUCCUCCACGCCUUGAACUUUCUCUUCUCGUCUGGCGUGAAGCGGGCGAGGCCAGUCUCCGCUCCGCACCUCCCUCGCGCCUCGCUGGUUGAGGAGGAGGGGGCGGGAGUGUGGUCGCGGCUCGGCAACAUUUGCAGGCCAAGUUCAGCUCCGCACCUCCUUCGCGCUUCCCUGGUUCAAAAGGAGGGGGCGCUCCGUGCGCCCGUAGAGGAGAAGGAAGAGGAAUCGGAGGAAGAAGUGCAGGACAGACCGGAGGAGCAGGCGGAGGAGGUGAUAGAUGCAGAAGCGGCGGCUUCGACCCAGGAAGAGCAGGAGGAGGGCGAGGAUUGGCGAGCCGGUGCUGCGGCCAAUUGGCAGUGGCAGUGGCAGGACGGCACGGAGACGGUGGCUGACCUGCGUACCCGCUUCACGAUGUCUGAUCUGCUCGUCUUGAACUGCCAGGCAUAUGAAGAAGAGAAAAAGCUCUUGGAACCGCUGGGUGUGCGCGUCGUGCCUGCCAAUCCGAACUACCUUGCUCAGAGGCAGAAUCUGUGGCAGAACUUCAUCCGUGAGCUGACCCUGGAGCCACACCGGCAAGUGUGGGUCCAUUGCAACGUUGGCAGGGUCCGCGGUCCUGCUUUGACGAUCGCCGUGGCACUUUUGCAGAAUCACGACCUGUGGGCAGACGAUCUGAUCCGAGAGAUGCGCCAGAAGCGGCCGGUCAUCGACCUGCACGGGCGCGGCUUCAUGAAGACUUUUAGGUGGAUUGAGCGCAACCGCUGGUGGCUCUACACUUCCGCGAGGCAGGCGUGCGGCGGAGAUUGCUCCAAGAAGCCAAGGGACUCUUUCGAGGAGACCGUGGCGAACUUCGAACGCUUGUCCGUCGCGGCAGCGGAGCUCAUGAACAAGUUGGUGGCGCUCCUCCACGCGCCAAGCCGGCAGCCGUGA